UCAUUUUCCUUGGAACCGAAAAAUAGCUCAAUAACAUCAACAUCUCCAACUACACGACAGCCCACCAUUUCAAUGGCAAUUUCUCCUCAAAAAAACCAUUAUUUAGGCUGACUGUCAACUAAUCCUAUUGAUCUUUUUGGCCUUCCCUUUCCCCCUUUUUUCGCAAAUCUUCAAACGACCCUUUCGAUAUUUUACCCCUUUUUUGCAAAUUUUGAAUUACCCAUCUGAUAUUUUGGCUUUUUGAUCGCAAUUUGGAAGCACCCUUUUGAUAAAGUUUGGUUCUUUUAGGAAAAAAAUUCAACUAUACAUAUUUUUUGUUAAAAGUUUGCAGAAUCCAUGGCCGGCAUUGCUACCGCCGGCGACACCAGCACCAGUACCAGCAGCAACCUAGCGCCGACGAGGAGUUUGAGCAAGAAGGAAAAUCAGGGGCUUCUGUUGGGCAGGUAUGAAAUUGGGAAAUUACUAGGGCAUGGUACUUUUGCUAAGGUGUACCAUGCUAGAAAUGUGAAGACGAAUGAGAGCGUAGCGAUUAAGGUGAUUGAUAAAGAAAAGAUCUUGAAAGUGGGUCUUAUUGAUCACAUAAAACGUGAGAUCUCAAUUCUCAAGAGAGUUAGGCAUCCAAAUAUAGUUGAAUUGUACGAAGUUAUGGCUACAAAAGCCAAAAUCUUCUUUGUCAUGGAGUAUGUCAAAGGCGGUGAGCUCUUCAAUAAGGUUGCCAAAGGCAGGCUUAAGGAAGAAGUUGCUCGGAAAUAUUUCCAGCAGUUAAUCUCUGCUGUCGCUUUUUGUCAUGCCCGGGGUGUUUACCAUAGGGACCUAAAGCCAGAAAAUAUACUGUUAGAUGAAGAUGGGAAUGUCAAGGUUUCUGAUUUUGGCCUUAGUGCCAUUUCAGAGCAGAUAAAGCAAGAUGGGCUCUUUCAUACUUUCUGUGGCACUCCGGCUUAUGUGGCGCCGGAGGUGUUAGGAAGAAAGGGUUAUGAUGCAGCCAAAGUAGACAUUUGGUCAUGUGGGGUGAUACUCUUUGUGCUAAUGGCAGGGUAUUUACCAUUUCAUGAUCAGAAUAUUAUGGCUAUGUACAAGAAGAUUUAUAGGGGUGAAUUUAGAUGUCCCAGGUGGUUUUCACCUGAAUUAACUCGGUUUUUAAAGCACCUUCUUGAUAUUAAUCCCGAAACCAGGAUUACUGUUCAGGAGAUUAUGAAUAAUAGGUGGUUCAAGAAGGGUUUUAAACAUGUUAAAUUUUAUAUUGAGGAUGAUAAGUUGUGUAGUAUAAAUGAUGAUGAGUAUGGUGGGAUUGAUUAUUCGUCUGAUAGAUCAGAGUCUGAGUCUGAAAUAGAGAUCAGAAGGAGGUCAGCUACUUUGCCUAGGCCAGCUAGCUUGAAUGCAUUUGAUAUUAUUUCAUUUUCCCGUGGCUUUGAUUUAUCCGGUUUGUUUGAGGAGGGAGGAGAUGGGGCAAGGUUUGUAUCCGGGGCUCCUGUGCCCAAGAUCAUAAAUAAGUUGGAGGAAAUUGCUAAAGUUGUGAGCUUUGCAGUAAGGAAGAAGGAUUGUAAAGUGAGUAUGGAGGGGUCUAAGGAAGGUGCAAAGGGGCCGUUGACAGUUGCAGCUGAGAUAUUUGAGUUGACGCCAUCGUUGAGAGUUGUUGAAGUGAAGAAGAAAGGAGGAGACAGCUUGGAGUAUGAGGAGUUUUACAACAGGGAAUUGAAGCCAGGAUUACAGAAUUUAGCACAUGAAGUUGGAUACCCUGUUGAUUCAUCAUAUUUGCCAUCAGAUACUGAAUAAAGAGAUAGAAGGGGAAAGGGAAGCGCUGUAUUACAAAUUGAGCUUCUCAAUCUUGUAAGGUCAGUUAAUAAGGAGCAAUUUUGCUAAUAACAUCUGCAUCAUAAUUUUUUAUUAACUACUCAUGGGGUUGAGCCACGGUAAGUUUUUGAUGCUUGCAUUAGGAUAAGGCAUAAGCUGCUUACAUUGUGGCCCUUCCUCAAACUUUAUGUGAAUGCAGGAUGCUUCGUGCACUGGACCAUGCUUUUUUAUUAACUACUCAAAAGUUGUGCGAUCCUUCCCCCAGCACAUAUGGUCUUCACAAUAUAAUGAGAAAAUAAAGAGAGUUUUAAGUUUUUUUUUCUUUUUUGGGUUGUCGUGUCUGGAUUGGUCUGAUAGAAAUGGGAAUCAUUCAUGAACUGUAAUCUGCUUCUUCUCGUAAGAGUAUUGCCAAGUUGAUCAAGGCCAGUAGAACCUUGAUGAUUGGAAUUUGGAUCAAGGCUCUUAUAGAUUUUCUUGAGGAUGUUACCUGCCAAGCUUAAUCUGACAAACCUUACUGGAUGAUUAAUGCUUGUCAUUAACUGUUCUCUUAUUUUGCCUGCUAGUUUUAUUGGUCAAUCUGGAGUUUCCCUUUGAGUUUGUUAUAUUUGCAUUAGUAAAUCUUCUUCAAUGAAAAAGGUAUCAGAAGAACCUUUUUUUUUAUCGUUACAAAAGUACAAACUAGCCUGGAAAUUAAAUGGCCGUCUUUAACCUUUGUUGGGUUUAGGUACGUCUGAGCGCAGGGGGCAACUAAGGGGAAAACAUUUAAGUGAGGUUUGCCCAGAUAGGUUUUAUUUGUGUGAGUGCUUUUGGGCACAGUACCUGUGAAGACGAUUGUUGUAGAUUUAUGAAAACCAGCUCUUUGAUUACCCUUGGUCGGUGAUGAAACUGGUAUAUAUGGUGCUUAAAUAAUUUUCCUUGAUCUUUUUCAUACCUUGCAGCCUAGAUUUUUUAGCAAGACCUGAAGCGAAAGAUUUGCUUCUUUUGAUAUUUCACAUUGCCUUUUGCUUUUCCCCAAUAGAUGGGAAAUGCUUUAAUGCUGAAUGAUGUUGGAGCAACAUAGCUCUAAGUGAAUAAACUCAUAGGAGUAUUCUUUCAAUUUGACUAGCAUGUUCGAACUUUUUGAGGCACCUUCAGGGUGAUGUGGUAAUAAAAUUCAUUUUUACCUUAAAAAGAAAAAAAAAAGGUGGUUUUUGAUGGUCUCUCAUUAAUGAUAGUUCUAUUGUUUCACCAGUAGGGGAUUGAUUAUCGUUUGAUAGGAAUAUGAUGCAAGAUCCUGGAUCUAAGGGCAUAUCUUUGUCACUUCUUAUGUUUACUUCUUGCAUAUGCUGUAUUCUGUUAUGCUGUGUCAUAGUGGUCUUCUGUCCUUAUUAUGUUAAAAAUGAGCAUCCUGAUGGUUGUUUUAAAGUUAGUGAAGGGCUCGUCCUUAUUCGUUCUUUCCCUUUUUAUAUUAUUUUCUUGGUACUGCCAUUUGAACAUUGUUGACCAACCUUUCUCAUAUAAAAGAAUAUUGUUUUCUUAUUAUGGCCAGUUCAUUCAUCACUAUGAUGCUGGUGUGAUUAAUUAAAUAUUUAGUAGUGGUUGGUACUGAAAGAUGUGAUUGCUCAAUUUGUAUUCUGCAACUGAUUCCCUGAAUUUGGCCACUUAUGAAUUCUUUAUAUAAUCUA